AUGUCUGACCUUAGACGAAUUGCUUUAUCAAACACAAAUAUAAAAAGCAUGGAUGCGUCUCAGUUGCCACCACAACAGGCAAACUCAAACCCAGUACCGGGUCAAAUGGGAAAGACUGAUUCCGAGAUCAAUUUAACACGUCCAGAAUUGUAUGGCAUGUACGAAGGCGAUUCAUUUGUUGAUUUCAAUAAAGACAUUGAUGAUUCAUCUUUACUUGAUCUUGAUGUGUUGAAUGCUAAAAAGAUCAAGGCAAAUGAUAAAACAGCUUCAGUGGCCACACAAGAGUCAUCGAAAUUGACAUUGUAUUCACUCCCAUUACCUUUGAAAUUGGUCAUUUUGGCCACUUCUGCAUAUAUAUACAAUCAAAUCAUUAGACACAUCAACUACAACCAUUUCAAUGAAAAUCAAUUGGUCAAUUAUCCACUCACCAUUACUCAUAUUUUUCUUUAUGCGUUUGUUUCCAAAUUUAAAUUGGGAAAUUAUAUCGAUAUACAUGAUGAUCUUUUAAUUGCCGGUGAUGAAAUCUUGGCGUUGACUUUGCAGGGACUUUUAAUGGCUUCUUUGCAUCCAAUUUUGGACAAAUUAUUACCCAAAUUUUUCUCCAAGCGAUUAUUGUCAUCGAAUCCCAAUCCAUCUUCUAAAUCCAACGUUUCUAGUGAUUUAAUUAGAUCGGGAAUAACAUUUUUGGGGAUUAGUUAUGCCAUACGCAAAAUAGAAUGGAGCAGUUUUCUUCAAGUAUCAAUUAUAUGGUCAUUAAUCAAUCCUGGCUUGUGGUUACUAUUGGAUGGAACAAUUUCGGGGUUUUUAGCGUCACUUGUGGCAUCUACUGUUGCUUGUGUAAGUAUAUAUUCGCUGAAUCACCAAUUCAUUAAUGGUUAUUCCAAAACCACCGAUGAUGUGAUUGCAUUAUGGUUAUGGGUUGGAAGUUUCUUCUUUUGUGGGAUAAUCAUUUUUGGCAAACUUGGUAGAGGUUUGUUUACAAACAAUUGA